ACUCCCAUCCAGAACGACCCACUGGAGCAACCAGGGUCAAGCGCCCCCACCCAGUUGAACCGGGGACCCGAACCAGCGAACACUCGGCCACCCGCCCUAGCUCCCAACAGCCAGAGCACCAACCAUCUAAGAUACCCCUACAGUUCCCAUUUUUCCAAACAGUGAAAUUACUUGACCAACAGAAAAUAAUAUCAAAGAUCUGUAUAUAAUGACGAGAUGCUUAUGUUUACGUCCUAACAAUGGGAGUGGUUCGAAGGCAGGGAAGGCAGGCGGACAAGUUUAGGCCCAAAAUAAGCCCAUAGAAAUGCAUUGGAUUAAUUUUGGACUGAUUUUGGCGAGAGUGAAACUGAUCCUACGCAUGCAUACAAGGACCGGACAUUUUUUCAUUAAGAGUUCAAUGGAAACAUUCAACAAUGGAACUGUACUAUCUGAGAAUGCAGAGGACGAGAGAGAAGACUGACAAGAUAGAGGAGAGCAAAGCCAUGAGGAAGCUGCGGGUGUGCGUGGCAACGUGUAACCGGGCAGACUACUCCAAGCUGGCACCCAUCAUGUUUGGCAUCAAGGCCAACCCGGAUGAGUUUGAGCUGGAGGUGGUGGUGCUGGGUUCCCAUCUCAUUGACGAUUAUGGCAACACGUUCCGGAUGAUCGAGCAGGAUGACUUUGACAUCGGCUCCAAGCUGCACACCAUCGUGCGUGGGGAGGACGAGGCCGCCAUGGUGGAGUCAGUGGGUCUGGCACUGGUCAAGCUGCCAGAUGUCCUCCACCGUCUCCGUCCCGACGUUCUGGUCGUCCACGGCGACCGCUUCGACGCCCUCGCCCUGGCAACUGCUGCCGCUCUGAUGAACAUUCGCAUCCUGCACCUGGAGGGAGGAGAGGUGAGCGGCACCAUCGACGACUCGAUCCGUCACGCCAUCUCCAAGCUGGCCCACUACCACGCCUGCUGCACCCGCACCGCCGAACAGCACCUCAUCGCCAUGUGUGAGGACCACACUCGCAUCCUGUUGGCGGGCUGCCCCUCCUACGACAAGCUGCUGGCCGCCCAUCACCGCGAUGACUACAUGGACAUCAUCAGGAACUGGCUCGGAGACAAUGUGAAGGAGCACGACUACAUCGUGGCCCUGCAGCACCCGGUCACCACUGACAUCAAGAACUCCAUCAAGAUCUACGAGCUGAUGUUGGACGCCCUCAUCUCCUUCAACAAGCGAACGCUCGUCCUCUUCCCCAACAUAGACGCAGGAAGUAAGGAGAUGGUGCGUGUGAUGAGGAAGAAGGGCGUGGAGCAGCACCCUAACUUCCGGGCGGUGAAGCACGUGCCCUUCGAGCAGUUCAUCCAGCUGGUGUGUCACGCUGGGGCCAUGAUCGGCAACAGCAGCUGUGGCGUCAGAGAGGCCGGGGCAUUCGGGACCCCCGUCAUCAACCUGGGGUCCAGGCAGACUGGGAGAGAGACUGGUGAAAACGUCCUCCAUGUCCGAGACGCAGACACUCAGAAUAAGAUCUACCAUGCCCUGGAGCUGCAGUUCGGGAAGAGAUACCCCUGCUCAAAGAUCUACGGCGACGGGAAUGCGGUGCCUCGCAUCAUGAAGUUCCUGCAGGCCAUCGACCUUGAUGAGCCACUGCAAAAGACCUUCUGCUUCCCCCCCAUCAGGGAGUGGGACAUCUCCCAGGACAUCGACCACAUCCUGGAGACUCAGAGCGCCCUAGCCAUCGACCUGGGGGGGACCAACCUCCGCGUGGCCAUCGUCAGCAUGAGGGGUAAGAUAGUGAAGAAGUACUCUCAGGCGAACCCCAAAACCUACGAGGCUAGGAUCGAGCUGAUACUGAAGAUGUGUGCGGAGGCAGUCUUUGACGCUGUUCAUCUCAACUGCCGGAUUCUGGGAGUGGGUGUGUCAACUGGGGGCAGGGUGAACCCACAGGAGGGUGUGAUCCUCCACUCCACCAAGCUGAUCCAGGAGUGGAGCUCCAUCGACAUCCGCACCCCCAUCUCUGACGCCCUCCACCUGCCCGUCUGGGUCGACAACGACGGCAACUGUGCUGCCCUGGCAGAGAAGAAGUUUGGCCACGGCAAAGGAGUGGAGAACUUUGUCACCAUCAUCACUGGAACGGGCAUCGGCGGGGGCAUCAUCCAGCACAACGAGCUGAUCCACGGCAGUACGUUCUGCGCGGCCGAGCUGGGCCACAUCAUGGUGUCUCUGGACGGGCCGGAGUGUAUGUGUGGCAGCCGUGGCUGCAUCGAGGCCUAUGCAUCAGGCAUGGCCCUACAGAAAGAAGCCAAGAGGCUCCAUGACGAGGAACUGCUGGAGGUGGAGGGGAUGGGGGAUCUGAAGAAGGCCGAGUUCGUCAGCGCCAUCCACCUCAUCAACGCAGCCCGCCUGGGCAACAGCAAGGCUGAAGCCGUUCUCAGAACAGCCAGCAUGGCCCUCGGAGUGGGCAUCGUCAACAUCCUCCACGUGGUCAACCCCUCUCUGGUCAUCCUGUCAGGAGUGCUGGCCACCCACUACCAGGCACCUGUCCAGCAGGUCAUAGGUCAGAGAGCCCUCACCUCCGCCCAGCGCAUCCAGGUCCUGACAUCCGACCUCGAAGAGCCCGCCCUACUGGGGGCCGCUAGCAUGGUGCUGGACUACACAACCAGGCGCAUCUAUUAAGAACAUUACGGUAAUGGAUUACACAACAGGUGCAUCUAUUAAGAACAUUACGGUACUGGACUACACAAUCAGGUACAUCUAUCUAUUAAGAACAUUACGGUAAUGGACUACACAUCCAGGCGCAUCUAUUAAGACCCAUGGGUCAGUUGUCAAGCUCUAGUUUUCAUUUGUGGUCCCCAAAGGAGGAGGGACAUAUCUUUCAAUAUUUUGACCCUCAUAGUUCCAUGUUUUUGUUACGUCUUAAUUCUAAAUGUACAAUAUGUUAUUGUUGAAGCCACGCUAUGAAAGCUGCAUGUUGCUAUGACAUAUUUAAUUGUAUGUAUUUGUCAUACCGAGCUGUAAGCACUUUGCGCCACUUUAUCUUAUUUUGUCUCCAUUUUGGAAUCGGCAAACGUUACUGCUGGUUUGGAAAACCAAAUGCCCCCAGGAGAUGUUUUAGGUACCGCCACGUUAAAUGUUUCAUUUCAAUCAAUCAAUCAAAUGAUUCAUUACCAUUCAAUCAUUUAAGUUGAGCAUGUGGAACUGGAACCAGUUCUGCAACCAGGUGACUUACCCAAGGACCACUCUCUAUAGGACCACUCUCUAUAGGACCACUCUCUCUCUAGGACCACUCUCUCUCUAGGACCACUCUCUCUCUAGGACCACUCUCUCUCUAGGACCACUCUCUCUCUAGGACCACAGUUACGACGUACCCUCAAAUGUAAUGCCUAUGCUAUGUAUGUCCAUAGUUGUCUUGACUGUGUGCUUCAAUUGAAGGUGUGCUGCCAAAUCACUUGUAUUCACUAUCAUUCUUUGUUUUGUUUUAUGUGCACUUUUUUGUUGUUGCCUUGAUCUGUCAUAUUUGAAGAGUUUACUGUGUACAAAUCAGUCAUGUGAUUAUCCCGUUUGUCUAUUUCUGUUUUUGAUCAUGUCAUGGAUCCUGAAGCUUUUUUUAUUUGACUUCACUUGGGUACUUUGUGACCCCCCCCCUCUCAAUGCAAUGGGUAUUCUACACAUUAAACACACGCAAGAAAAUGUCCGUUACGGAUGGGUGGAUGGAUUAAUAUGGUUCAUUAGAUGCUAUUCAUGGUUUUAGGUGUGGCAGAACAAGGCUACAUCGUAAACACACCACAGGGCUUGGCGGAGUGCCAGUCUGCUUGUGCUAUCGUAGGGUUGAACAUUAAUGUCCCUGAGGGAAAAUUGGCUUAAAUCCAGUACUGCUGUAUACAAAUAAACACUGAACAUGAAAUAUUUUAACAUAAUACAACGCACUUUCCCAUGUCAUACAUACCGUGUCACUCAUUGUCAUCACAAUCAGUGACGUUUUAGUGUAUUAUCUGCCACUAAUCCCUGGAAUCGAAUCCACUAUCCUGGUGAUACAAGCUCCAGGUUUUACCAUCCAACUGAGCUGCAGAGAAACUCGGGGCAUAGUGAUUACAAUCAGGUGGUGGUGCGAUUGAGACGCCGCAAACCAGAAUGGCUGAUUUCUUCCCAUGCCCUUCAUCUCCAGUUGGCAAGCAAGAUCCGCCUCCAGCUGUUUGUCACAGUAGUAGUGUGAUUUUAUAGAAUCGCAUCCGGUUCACAAAACAGUUGCACACUUUCACUGUACAGAAAUUGCCAGGUAUCUACUUGGUAAAGGAGAGAAAAAAAUGUAUUUACAAUAUAUAAGUAUGGUUUCAAAUGUGACAAUACAAAGUAGUCUUGUGCCAAUACCCCUGUUCUUUUGUCUGUUUUGACCAUGUCAUAGACAGACACUAGAAUCUAUACUGUACAAAAAUAUGAACGCAACAUGUAAAGUGUUGGUCCCAUGAAACAUGAGCUGAAAUAAAAGAUCCCAGAUAUUUUCCAUA